GCCCUCUACUGUUCACUGAUACCGAUAAUUUUGGCAGCCUAAUUUGAUCGUGAACUUAUUAUUGUUUAUGGAAUAUUAUAAGUCCUGACAGCUCAAAUAACUCAAAAGCAAUGUUGACCACAGCUAUUAUUUGGCUGUAAUUUUUCAGACUUCAAAUAUAGACCGAAGAAUUUGACCAUGGAGAUGACUUCAGAGGGGCCUAUCGCUGUAAGCAAUUGUCUGGAAUUGAUGGGAUAUAACGAGCCGACUACCUCCCAGGAAGAAAUGGGCGACUCCUCAAACGAUAAAACAGCGAGGUAAAUUAGGAAGGAAAAGAAAUUGCAUGAUAAGGAGAGCCGCAAGAAGUUGGAUGACGCGGUCACAAAAUUAGCUGCUGAAGUGAUAGGACCUCCCAUAUAUGCGAAGAGGCCAUCAUUGCACGAAUGUAUCACAUUGGCUCGUACAUACAUCAAGAACUUGAAGAUUAAAAACAACAAUUUGGAGGCUGAAAGGUACUGGCUGAUACAGGAAAACAGGAUUUUGGUCGGACAACUCACCAUGCUUGAGGUUCAGCACAAAAUGCCCUCUACGUAUACCGCUAGACUACAUGUAUGGGAGGAAGGGAGACCAAAACUCUGCACCAAUUUAGAAUGGGACGCUGUUGCAAAUGAACUGCCAAUAGAAAGGCUUGUUCAUACCUUACGCUUCAACAGCGCUGUGGAGAAUGUGCGGAAGCUGAAGACGCAGCUGCAUGCAGAGUUCAGACGGCGGAACCCCAUCGAUGCAUUCCAGGAGAAGAUGGAGCUGAGAACGUUGUGCUCGGACGGGAAUUGCGCUGGGGCGCCACAUCGGAUACAUGCUUUUUUGGGGCAAGAUGUAAUCGGUGACUCCUCAGUGAAGCAACCUGAGAGUGUGAAGGAAGAUGAUGAUAAAAGGUGGCUGGAGGACAUGCCAAAGAUGAAGGAUAAAGAGUGUCUAGGUGAAAAGGUAAACCCAUCUUGUGCCUGCUCAAGGAAGGAACUGUGCAAUUGUACCACGGAAAAAUCAAAGACAGCUGCAAAAAGAAAGAAUGAUGACCCUCCAAUUGAAAUGAAGAAAGGACGGACAGAUGAUUCCUCAGUUAAAAAGCAAAAGAAGGAAAAGAAAAAGAAUAGGGAGAAGAAAAAGAAGGAGAAGAAAAAGAAGGAGAAGAAAAAGAAGAAGGAGAAGAAAAAGGAUAAGGAAAAGGAUAGCAACAGUAAGGCCAGAUGUAGUCCUUCAACCCUCCAUCACUUCAAGAAUGACCCAGCUGAAACAACGAGUAUGGUCAACAAAGGAUCAAGGCUCAUUGUGGAUGAAAGUGGAAAGGUUAUCGGACUUGACUCUGGAGACUCUGUACUCUCUGGUAAAAAACUUUAUGUGCUUCAGAUGGGGAACAACCAGGAAAAGACAUCAAAAUCCAGUAGUAAUCUUCUAGUGAAUUUGGUACCACUUACCCCCGGCAAUGCAGUGCUUGUCUAUCAACCAACAACAUCUGGUGAAUCCACUGUGGUCCCUAGAUCUACCACGGGUCAAGCUCCAGUGCUUCAUGUCCGACCUCUGUAUACCCCUAUAUCACCUAUAUCCCUGAGCACGAGUAGAUUUGAUUCCAGUCAAGGAAUUGGACAAGCAGGGCCAAAGUUGUUCUAUGAGUCUAACAGUCCAGGACAUAGCCAGCCUGCAGAAGUGACACAGAAUCCUUCAACUGUUCCUGGGUCCAUUGGUCUGGAUCUUAGCAAGAGAAGGGGAGACUUUGUGUUGGUGCCUGCAUCAUCUAGCUCUAGGUUUGCCCAGGCUACACUGAUGAAAGGGAAAACCCAGUCUGGUCCUGGACCCAUGAGUGUACAGAGUCAGGAUACUUACAAGGGACAUGUUGGGCAUCAUCAGACUACAGUGAUGAAUAACAAACCUUGUGUAGCCCCUACAACUGCAAGUGUAUUUGGUUUGAAUAUGAACAGUGGAAAUGGACAAGUGCAUUCUAGAUCAGUACCUGUAACUGCCUCUGCCAGUUCAAGGUAUUGUCAUACUAAUGAGAUGACAAACGAACCUUUCACUGCCUCUGGAUCGGUAAGUGCACUGGGUUUGGAUCCCAGCAAGGGAAGUGGGCAUGUGUAUUACUCAACGGCACCUGUAGGUUCCACUGUAGGGUAUCAUAAUCAUCUGCAUCAAAGUGUAAUGACAAACAAUUCUUGCGCUCCUGGAUCUGUAAGCGCACCGAGUUUCGAUUCCACCAAGGGAAGGGGACAAGAGUGUUUUACAGCGGCACCUGUAGUCCCUGGUGUAGGAUAUCACCAUUCUGUGGUGAGCAGUAAUGAACCUUAUACUGCUCUGAGACCUGUAAGUGUACUGGGUCUGGGUCCUAGUGAGCGACCUGGACAACAAUGUUUGGCAACAGUACCUGAAGCUUCCAGAAAGCAUGUGAGACAUCACCAGACUUCAAUGAUACCGGAGACAUCCUGCACUACUCCUUACCAGGAAUGUGGAUGCCAGUGUUUCUCAACAGUACCUGUAUCUCCAGAUGUAGGACAUAUCAAAGACAAAUCUUCUGCUGAUCCUAGAUCCAUAAAUGUGCAUGGUCUUGAUUAUGGCAAGGGAAAGGCACAAGAGCAUCUGUCAAUGUCUUCUGUAUGCCCCUCUAUCACGGACCUCCGUACCAAAGAAUUGAAUAGCACACCAUCUGUUCUUCCUGGAUCUGCCAGUGCUCAGAGUCUGGAUCCUUGUGAGGGGAUUAGACAGGAGCAUUUCACAGAGGAACUUGUGGCUUCCAGUUUAGGGUAUCAACAUCCUAAUCUGAAUAACAAAUCUUGUACUGUUCCUCAGACUGUAAGUGUUCCUGUUAUGGAUCCUAGCACCAGAGUUGGACAAGAGAGUUCCAUACAAGUAUCUGUAGCUUCAAGUGCUGGGCAUAGCCAUCCAAUGAGUAACAAACCUUGCACUGUGCAUGGAUCUGCAAGCAUACAAGGUCUGGAUCCUAACGAGGGAAUCAGACAAGGGGAUUUAACAAUACUACCCUUAGAUCCCACUGUCCAGGAUCCUCUACCUACAAUGCAAAACAAACCUUACUCUGCUCCUGGAUCUGCAAGGGCACUGGAUGUGGAUCCCAACAGGGGAAAUAGACUAGAGCUUUUUAGGAAAAGACCAGUAAAUGUCAUUCCCGGAAUAGGGUAUAACCAGGCUAAGAAGAUGAAGAACAAAUCUUUGACUGCUCUUCAAUCCUCAAGCGAAAUGAAUGUUGAUCCUUCCAGAGGAUGUGGGCAGGCACGUGUCGGAGCAGUAUCAUCAUGUGCCAAUGUCGGUCAGAGCACACCAAAAGUAUUAACACAUGAACAGUGUGUCUCUGGGUCUGAACUUUCAGGAAAUCUGGAUGCUUGGAAAAUCACUUUGCCACCCAAUGUCAAGGAUCACCAAACUCCUGGAAACAAAGGCUUUUCUCAAGUUAAAGAUAGAUCUGUCGACCACAGUAAUAGGCAUGUACAUUCUUGUGCGGUAAACUCACAAACCAAUGCCAGUGUGUCACCUCGUGUUGCAUUUGCAUCCGAAGAAUCACCAAAGGCAUCUGCCAAUGCAGAAGCAUCUGAAGAAGUGGACAAAAGCAGUAGUCCCGUCUCUUGCAUGUUGUGUGAUAAACCAUUUGAUAACGUAAAGGAACUCCAGGCUCAUCUUGUUGAUAGCCAUACAAGCUAGGUUAGAUUGCAGAACAUAAUACCAAGAUCAUUUCCAGACAGGUCUCAGGGUUGUUUUUUUUUUCUCCCCCCCCCCCCCCCCAUACGGGUAUGUGUAUGAGCAAGUUAGUGUGUAUUCAUUGGCACACAUAUCAGUGUGAGAACCUACUGGUAUUUAUUUUCAUCUAUUUUUAGCAAUUUUUUGUAAAAGAUAGGUACAGAUGAUUUUGCUCAAGGCAAAUCUCCUGGGACUGCAGAAAUGUCUUCAACUUGGACAAGAAUCAAGUAUACAUGUAUGAUGUUAUUUUGCGUAUUUUAGUCUAAAAUAAUGCUUCUGGGUGAUUAUUCAACAUUUAAAUUUGGAAAGUCAACUUCUGCAGAGUCUUCCAUACAAACAAAGUAAUAUAGUAAUUUUAAGAUAUAGAAGACACACAAAAAAAUUGAAAGAACUUCAUACAUAUCAUUUUGUUUUCUGUCCUUUUUGGGGGGGGGGUGGGAUCAUGGAUUCUGAAACAGACCAUGACUAAUAAUAUUGACUACUUACUGCUCAGUACACGUACUUUCUCAUGUUAACAUGAUAUUUGACAGUAUGUAUAUCUUCACUAUUCAAUAAAUGAAUAAUAACGAUUAUAAUGAUAUGAUGAAUUAUUAAAGGACAAGUCCACCCCAACAAAAAGUAGAUUUGAAUAAAAAGAGAAAAAUCCAACAAGCAUAACUGAAAAUUUCAAAAUCGGAUGUAAAAUAAGAAAGUUAUGACAUUUUCAAGUUUCGCUUAACUUCACAAAAUAGUUAUAUGCACAUCCUGGCUGGUAUGAAAAUGAGGAGACUAUGAUGUCAUCCACUCACUAUUUCUUUUGUAUUUUAUUAUAUGAAAUAUGAAAUAUUCAAAUUUUCUCCUGAUUGUCAAGUGAUACAAUGAUUAAUUCCUCCCUGAACAUGUGGAAUUAGCAUUGUUGAAUACUAUAUGGUUCAGUCAAGUUGGUCCUUAUUGUCAAAUCUAUAAAAAAUGAAAUAUUGUAUAAUUCCAACAAUAAAAAACAAAAGAAAUAGUGAGUGAUGGACAUCAUCGACUGGCUCACCUAGUUGUGCAUAUCACUGUUUUUUUGAAAAAUAAGCGAAACUUUAAAAUGUCAUAACUUUGUUAUUUGACAUCUGAUUUUGAUGAAAUUUUCAGCAUUAUGCUACAUGUAGUUUGAUUUUUCUGUAUUUAUUCAAUUCUAAAAAAAAAUGUAAUGUUUCAUGCAUGAAAAUCAGGACUCGCCUGUCUUCGGACCUCACCACAACACCCAUACACAAGUGCCUAGUCACAAGUAGACACGUGUGUAUGUUGUAGAUCAUAUGUGAAUCUGAAAUCUAUUUGUCAGAGGAGAAAUUCGUCUCCAGGGAGGUGUAUCACAUAUUUUGAAUAAUCUGAUCUGAAAAGUCGCUUCGACUUGGGCGAAUAUUCAACUUAUGAAAGGCUGACUUAGGCAAAGUUACCUGUAUUUAAUAUAUGUACAUGUAUUUCAGAAAAUCAUGAAAAUUCAUUUUGACCAGUUGUAUGUCAAGUCAUUAAUUACUUACAAUCAGUUUUAUGAAACACUACCUAGCCAAUCUAUGUUAUACAUGUAGGCUACUAUUUGUAUAGUUUUUACAAAUUCUUGGCCUUAGACAUUGUUAUUGUUUAUAUAAUUCUAUUUUCUAUCAUUAACAGUAUCAGAAAGAAGAAAAUCAAUAUUUGAGUAGUAUUUUCAUUAUGCACCUCAUAAAUAGUAGCAGUACAUCAUAAGUUUGUUCAUUUGUGUCAUUUUAUUUUUGGUACAUGUAUACAGUACAUGUAUUAUUUUAUGUUACAGUUUUCAUCUUAGUGAUAUAUUUUUAAUGUGUCUUCCAUCAUAGCAGUAUUAUGUUGUUACUUAUGGUAUUUUUACAAAGGAACGGUGUCUGUUGAAUUGCCAACUUAACUCUUAAAGGACAGGGGGUUAAUGAUAAUUAAUGUUACGUGGCAUUUUUUCAUAAAUUCACAAAGGAACACGUAAUGCCACAGCAUUUGAAUUUUCCUUUGAAGUCUUGCACAACGUAUGAAGCCAAAUUUAACUAAAUGUGGGUACGGCAUCUCGACACUGUGAGACAACAGUGGCUUAUUUUAAGUUUUUGUGUAUGUUAGAACUCAUAAUAUACUAUGAUUACUUUUCAUUCUAAUUGCAUCGUCUGCCAAAUAGAUUUGGAUUGAUAUUGUUCACACCGUGGUCUGUAAUGAUAAUUCUUUACAACUUUUUCAUAUUUGUAUGUUUGUCCGAUCAUGCUCAAACUUUUAUCCAUCUGCUUAUUAUUAUUUUUUUUUAACAUUCCAUUUUGUAUCUUACAUGUUUUUAUUGGAGUUUUAGGCAGUAUUAUUCAAUGUGAAUAUCUUGCUGCCAUUUCAUUAAAAACUAAAUCUUUAUCUAUUAUUUUUAUACACAUGCAUGUUAACUCUGUCAAGCAGACAUACCUUGUUUAUCUAUUUUUUUAAAAUCCACAUGUGUUAAAUCAAUAGGUUUACAUGAAGCCCAUUUUACAUGUAUUCUCUUUUUCGGAUGUGUUUCUCAAAGAAAAGAGGUCACUGAAAGUAUUGUAUGGUCAACUUGAUGUCAACUCAUCUCUCGGGAAAUUUUCACUUUUGUCCCAAUUCAUGAAUGCAAUGAUUAUUCAUUUAUUGAAAAAAAGUAAACAGGAAACAAUUCUGCUUCCCAAAUUUGAUUAGCAUUUUUGGGCCAUAAGUUCUCAACUAAGUUCAUUACAAUUGUCUAGUUUAGUCUUUCUUUGCCACUAUGACAGUUACUGUAUUAUGCAACAAGUCCCAGUUCAUCUGCAUUUGAGCUUUUGAGAAACCAUUAAUUCAUGAUUGGUAUUUAGAUCGACCUGGUUGUACUUGUUUUGUCAACUUUAUACCAUGUUAUCACUAAUUGAAAUGUUGAAACAAACAUUGUAUUGUAAUUAUAAAGUACUUAAAUCAACAUGUACAUUGUAUUAUGUGCUAAUGUCUAGGCCAUGUACUACAAGCUAGAGAAGCGUCUUUCACUCUGAAAUCCUGCAGCAUCUUUUCAUCACUAAUCCUCGCAUUCAUCAAAGACCACCAUCUGGGUUCCCAACAUUUUAACAAAACAAAAUACACAGAUUUUUCCCUGGUGAAGUCUCGAAAUUCCAUGAUAAUUAUUUCAAUUAGUUCCAUUUUCACAUGUUGCAGGGAACUAUUUGCAGUAGGUCUGAAGCACUGUAAUGCAAAACUACCCUUCUGCCCUUUAUAACAAUCCUUUCCUUUUGUGGAGAGUUGUGGCCCAGUGGAUUAGUCUCCGGACUUUGAAACAGAGGGUCGUGGGUUCAAAUCCCAGCCAUGGCGUAGUUUCCUUCAGCAAGGAAUUCAUCCACAGUGUGCUGCACUCGACCCAGGUGAGGUAAAUGGGUACCAGCAGGAAGUAAUUCCGCAAAAAGCUGUGUGCACCUGAAUAGGUAGCCUACUUUCGAUUUCGGGGCCAAUCAAACUUCACUGACUUUUCCUCGACUGAAAAGUAAAAUGAUUUUCCCUGAUUUCCUCAAUGAGCUUAGAAUCCUAAAUGCAGGAACGCAACUCAGAAAGACACAUGCCUUCGUAACGGAAGUCCUGCCCAAAGAUAAAGCACAGACUUUGUUCUGAACAAUGUAUAUGAUAAUGAUGACCAAUGUUAUUUCUGUGAUAAAGAUGAUAGAAUUCAUUUUAUGAGAUGUACUGUAAUGUAAUUGUUAUUCUAACCAUUUAAGGUGCUGUCCUGCCAGCGAAAUUAUUUUUCCCACCACAGUUGUGGAAGCCAAUAUGAAUAUACAUGACUUGCUUCUUCGGGUUAAGAGUACGCAUGGGCGUGGACUUGAUCUUUACAUAAUUAAUUGUGAGUGCAGUGGUUGACGUGACUGUUCAUGUAAACCAUAUUGGCGAUUUCCAUAUCUCCAAAACUUGGGGAUUUUGAGAAGCCUUUGGGGAUGGAAAAAAUCGCAGAGUAAACCCUCGAUCUUGAUCAACAAAUUAUAAUAGAAUUUUCUUUACCAAUUAUUUAUUUUUCAAUUUCCCGUGCUCCAAAUCGACAAUUGUGUUACUAGAUUUAGUCCUAUAUACGGACUAGACCUAUUAAACCAAGGCGACCAAGCUCAUUGGUCUACGUAAGUGAACGUAGAGUUCGAAAUUAAUUUUGUAAAGAUGAAGUCCAUGCGCAUGCGUACUCUUAUUCCGAAGACGCAACGUCUUGCUAGCUCAAUUGUCUGGUGAUCAAUGUUUUCUUUAACAUAGUUCAUGAUAUAAUUCAUUUUACAAAAUGAUAUUGUGAUUGUAUUGUUAUUCUAACCAUUUAAGGUGCCGUCCUGCCAGCUGAAAGUUUAUAUGAUCAUGGUCCUCAAUGUUAUUUCUGUUAUAAAGUUCAUGAUAUUAGUAUCUUACUGUUAUUUGUUAUGCUAACCAUUUAACAUGUGAUUCUGCCUGCUGAACAUAUAUGAUCACCAUCAUGAUCAUCAAUGUUAUUUCUGUAAUAAAGUUCACAAUAUAAUUCA